GAUCGCCAUCGUAGUUAUGUGCACGUAACUAUCUAGCAGUUUGUAAGUUCCUGCGUGUGACAAAACGUCAAGAUUUGUCGAACCGUUGCUACCGUGUCCCGUUCGGCCAUCGAUUCAGGUGUGAAUGAAGUGUUACAAUGCCGGGAAGUGGAUCCGACUUGGGCCCCAGUUCGUCGCACGGCAGCAGCGAGUACUACCGUCUUCGACGACACGUAACAAACGGAGUGGAUGCUGAUGACGACGGUGAGACGGGAUCGAUCGUUCCCGACCGUACCGGGAAGCAUGCCUUCUGCCGGCUGUGUUUGACCCACUCGGACAAACUGCGGCCGCUGUUUCCGCCCGAUGCCGCUCCGGAUCCCGCUCUGCUGGCGCAGAUUUCCGACUGUGUGGAAGUGCAGAUCACCCUGCCGGAGGACAUCAAAUCGUUCAUCUGUCUGGACUGUGUGCAGCAGAUUUACUCCUUCGCUAGUUUUAAAGAGCUUUGUAAAAGCAACGAUCAGUUACUGAAAAGUCAAACCAUCGCCCGCCCAUCCGAGGAUGAUGAUGAUGACGAUGAUGAUGUUGAAGACGGGGACGACUACGACGGCGAGGAGCUGAUCACACCGGAAGUUACCAUCUGCAAAAGUAAACUGCAGCCCGGUUCCUAUGUUCCGGAUCCAACGCUACUGGAGAAACUGCUGGAACAGGGCGUCGAGGUGGAAGCAAUCGGUCAAUCGAGCGGAAACCUGUCGGAGUCGAAUCAAUUCGGUGGCAAUUCGGAAGAUCGAGAAGCGGAACGUAAAGCCAAGAACGCCGCUCGCAUGCGCCGCUGGAGAAUGCGUCAACGGCAAAAGCAGGAACAACAGCUGGUACAGUCUCAGGUAAAAACCGAAGAAAUUACCGAACAAAAUGAUUUUGCACCACAACCAGUGACAACAGAUGAACAGGAAGAAGCUCUCCGAAUAAAACAAGCCCAGGAGCUGUUUGCGUUCUUUGCGCAGCAUCAACUGAGACAGGUCGAAGCAGAAAUCAGACGCCUCAAGGAAUCCGCGCAAAAUCAGCAUCAACAAGAGCAGCAGCAACCACAACAGCAAGGUCCUUCCAUCAAGCUAGAACCACCACAACAGCUUGCAACCGAACCGGAUCAAAACGUAAGUCGACAAAGUUCUCCCAACUCGGAAAAGCAGAUGGCUUCGUUGCGACGAUCUCGAGCCGAGUACAUGCGAAAGUGGCGUGCCAAGCGACAAUCGCAGCAAAACAAAUCGGCAUCGUUCGGCCUUGUCGGACGUCCACCAGUUUCACCGGCGCAAACCGAAUCUGAAAAGCUGCUAGCGCAACGAAACAACCGGGCGGAAUAUAUGCGUCGCUGGCGACGAGAACGCUUGAAACAGGAACUCAGCCCGGAGGAGUUCGAUGAGUGGUGCGUCAAAAGUGAGCAACGGCGACGGUUCCGCGAGUGGCAGGUCGUCCGGGAGAGUGCCUCCUCCACCGGUGACGAUACCAUGGACUACGGAGAAGCUGAUGCGGAAGAGAAGAUGUUUCCGUUUGAGGCAUCGCGGCUUCCCGGACUGGGUCAGAGUUGACCACCCAAGGGUUCAGGUUCGUCGAAAUACUCCAUUCUAUACAGAAUCAUUGAAUCCUAUGCACAUGUUCCCUCUCUGCUAACUAUGCUUUAGGUUGUCGAUUGUCGACACACAGAACACAGUAUUCACGUAUUUUAACUGUACCUUAUUUUGAGACUCUCAUUGCGUCGUUUUUAGAUUUUAUUCCGCUAAGUACUUAAAGCCAACUGCAUAACAUAUACGUACGUUGAGAUUAUUUUAACGCACAAAAAAAAAACUGCGUCGUCACUGCGUCUGCGCGCUGAUCUUGUUCCUUCCAUGCCAUCGUAUUUCUAACUGAUUAUUGUAUGUAUUAAUACAUGGAACUUGUUACAGUACUGGACACUCCUAUAAUAGAUCGCGACGGCAUUCUUCGAUUUAUUAUUGUUUUACACACGCACAGAUUAUAAUUACGUACGGUAAGUUGUUCGUCAUCAAUUGGGAUGUUUAAUAUUAAUAAUUUGUAGGAAAACCAGUAAGCCUUGAGGAAAAGUGCAAGAAAGUUUAGCUUAAGCAUACAUACUAAAAGAAAAAGUAAAAAUCAGUGACGCAAACGUCGACUACUCAGAAACUAAUUAUAUAUAAUAUACCUACUAUAUAUAACAGUAUGUUUUACACUGGAUAAGAUAUUGUU